CAAACAGCUGUUUUUGACAAUUUCACAACAAAAACAAAACUGUAAACAUUGGAUACUCCUAGAACCCACAAAAACUGAGAUUUCUCAAAUAAAACUAACCGGUUCCAAACUAAAAAAACAAUGAAUACUUUAAGACCUUGCGGCUGCAAAGGUGUAAGAACCUGUCUAAAAUGUGAAUCCGAGUUUAAUAUCGAAAAACCUAAUCUCCAACAAGAAUUGCAAAAAUUAGAGGCCUGGUCUUGGUGCAUCAAGUGUGGAUGUUUAUAUCCCGGUUGGAAUUGUCAAAAGGUACAAACAGAACACCCUCAGCAUAAUCAGGCCGAAGGUUUAGCAUUACCAGGAAUAUAUGUUAAAGCUGAUUUUCUCACUCUCACCGAAGGAGAAGAAAUUAUGCAAAGAUUAGAUGAGCUGCCAUGGUGUAUAUCUCAAAGUGGAAGACGUAAACAAAAUUAUGGACCAAAAACAAACUUUAAGAAAAGAAAAUUACAAAAUGGUUUAUUUAAAGGAUUUCCCCAAACCACCCGCUUCAUACAGGAUAAAUUUAAACAUGAAGAAUUGCUAAAGGAUUUCCAGACUAUAGAACAAUGUUCUUUGGAAUACGAUCCAACAAAAGGAGCUUCGAUAGAUCCUCACAUAGAUGAUUGCUGGAUAUGGGGAGAACGUGUAGUGACGGUUAAUUGUUUGGGCGAUUCUGUUUUAUCUUUAACUUUAUAUAAAGAUGCGUUAGAGAAACCUUUGGCGGAGAUUAGUAAAUAUAAUUUGGAUUUGGUAACUAAGUAUGAGAACGAGUUAUUAAAGCCUUUAUUGUUAGCAGAAGAAUUGCAAUUAUUUAAAGACAAAGUCAUAAGGAUAAUUAUGCCAAAUUUGUCCCUAAUCGUUUUAUAUGGCCCGGCGCGCUAUCAAUUUGAACAUUCUGUUUUACGUGAAGAUGUUUUAGAGAGACGUGUAUGUUUGGCAUACCGGGAAUUUACACCCAUGUAUCUGGAAGGAGGCGAUUCAUAUGAAAAAGGUCGAAUUGUAACAGAAAAUUCAUUAAAGUUUUGGCAGCCAGAGAGUGAAUAAAACCCGAAAAGUAAAAGA